GCCGCAAACAACUCGCCUCCUCCCACUCAUCCACCCCUCCUGUUGAUGCUCAGAACCCUUCGCCGACUCAGCACAAUGGCACAGCAGCCCCAAUACGUCUACAAGAUCAUCCCCUCGGCCUCAGUCGACAGCCGGUUCUACUUCAACCAGCCCAUCGCGGCGUCUGACACGAUCAUGAUGACUGAGCUCGAUCUCAAGGACGGGUUCGUCCACAUGUCGACCGCCAAGCAGGUGCCUGGUGUGCUGAAGCGCUUCUUCGACGACGUGCCAUCUGUUGCCAUCCUCCGCAUGGAUUACGCGCGGCUCUCGUCCUUUAAGCGCGUGACUUGGGACCAGACUUCGAGCGGCGAGAGCUUCCCGCACCUCCACGCCCAGAUCGAGGGUGAGAACAUCGACAGCUUCAAAGAGAUUGAGCGCAACCAGUCUUGGGACGACGCUCUCCAGUGGCUCGGCGACUGGCUUGUCUAAAUUGUCUGGAUUGGUCUCGCAUCUGCAGAACAUACACGACGAGUAGAAGUGAAAUGAAUACCUCUUGGUUGGCCGG